AUGGCUCACAGUCACUUCGAUUUUGGCGCGCCCACUGGUAUCAAAAGACAGGAACCUGAUUAUGGGCACGAGGCUGAAGAAAAGCUUAAAAGGCAUUGUACACAAGCUGUUGAAUCCCACCAAAACUUCGAUUUCCUCGAAAUUCCAACAGACGGCGUACUACGGGGAGAAUCCAGCCAUGGUAGCGACGGAUGGCAGCACCUUUCGCAGCACAACCCUAACUCUACCUAUCCAUAUCGCUUUCCUGAACCUCACCAUCUCGCGGAUUGGACACCACAGCCUGACUGGAACACGACUCUGCCCACUGACUUUGUAUCGCCCCAAGAAUGGGUAACAAUCUACCCAGAUCAAAGACAAGGUGUUCAGACAUUUCACCCUGGGCUGAGCUCUAGCACGGUCCAAUUAUACUCAGAACCAUUCAUCGAGACAGUUCCCAACGAGUACAUUAGUCGUUAUCUACCCCUCUUAUCAGCUGAAGCAAUCGACGUUCCCCGGGUCGGGACUGAAUCCCCCACGAACGACCAACUACCUUGGCUUGCAGAAGUCCCACACUCUUUCGACCCAUAUGCGAAUCCGUCGAGCACAUGGCAAUUGAAUGACAAUCAUGCAACAAAGAUCGGAAUGAGACGCGCGGAAUCCCAGAACGAUCCCAGCAUUGCUUACUCACCGCAGACCUUGUUGCCAUCAACGACAAGCCUGGCAAAACAUUUGCAACCGUCGAUGGAGGAAUGUGGCCGAGAUAUUGAAUACUGUAACCCACAUUACCUGCUGCGCCCAGGAGCCCAAAUGCCGAACUUGGAGGACUUGUCAAUAUCACCUGAAGGCUGCUCGACACCGGCUGGUGAGGCUCUGGAAGAAGCGGAAAAAAGCAAGUUCAUGCGCAUAUUUGAUGAUGCAAGCGAUCUCGGCGAUCCCGGCGUCUGUUACUCAACGACUCCGAGCCCUCGUCUUCGAUCCACAUUGAAGCAUCAUCAGCUCACUGCGUUAUCUUGGAUGAUUGCCAAAGAGAACUGCAAUGUCGAACAUCCUGGAUUCUCUUCUCUGUGGGAGUUGGAUGCUAAUCCUGGGUCCAAACCAAAAUACCGCCAUCGAAUCACUGGACUUCGAGAAGGGUCCCCGAAGCCGAUGCAAGGAGAGAUUAUCGCCGAUGAAAUGGGUCUUGGGAAGACACUCAGUCUACUAGCCCUGGUUUGUGCUUCUUCAGAUUUAAUGGGUCACAACGAAGCUCAUUCAAUUGGCGGAGUAUUAAAAUCGACCCUCGUGGUCACCCCCAAGUCCAACAUAUACAACACAAGUCAGGUGCAGGUGGCGACGUAUCAUGGAAGCCUCACGAAACGCUCCUCGCUCCCGUUUGAAGAAUACGACAUUAUCCUAACCACCUACGAGACAUUACGAUUUGAAUGGAAGUCCAAAGGGGCACUGUUCCAAAGAAAAUGGAGUCGACUUGUCUUAGAUGAAGCGCACCACAUUCGAAACAGGUCCUCUCAAAUUUUUGAAGCGGUCAAGAGGAUUACCGCCAAAUGUCGAUGGUGCUUGACGGGCACACCGAUCCAUAAUUCUCUCGACGACUAUGGGGCUCUCUUGAGUUUCCUCGUUGUUACACCUUUUGAUGACAAGUCUAAGUUCGACUACUGGAUCGCUCACCCCUUAGAGGGCGGUGCACGAGACAGCCUCACGAGACUCCGAACCCUUGUUAGAGCAACCUGCCUUCGACGUACGAAGAAAUCAAUCGGAGACUCGUGUAAGUUGCCACCACGAACUGAGAACGUUCACGAGGUAGACCUAUCCAGCAAGGACCGAGAGCUCUACGAGUUCUUCAAGGAACGUUGCUCGAGCCUUGCUGCCGGUAACUCCAAAGUGGUCAAAACAGGCCGCAGAAGAAAGAACGAACAAAAAGAGGGCAACAUCCUAGCGCUCAUCAACUUCCUGCGUCUCAUUUGUGAUCAUGGAGAACAGAUCCUACCGGCGGCGGCGCUCGAUGCAUGGCAAGGCCGAGACCGGACGGCAAUCGACUGGAGCAUGAUCCAGGCUUGUCGAGCCAAAUGCUGCAUAUGCGACAAUUACUUCAUCGAAAGCGAUGUUGGUGCAUCCAGCGGACAUCAGUAUUCGUGCCAGCACUCGGCCUGUUUUCCAUGUGCGUCACAUAAUGGGGAUAUUGAUGCCGAACAGGCACAGCCUUGUCCCAAGUGCCGUGUUUCACGAAAAGCAAGGGUCGAUUCGUGCACUACGAACUAUUCAGGUGCACCCAUGCAGCCAUCCAGCAAAGUUGAGGCUCUUUUGAAAAACCUUCAGGCAGAGCAAGCUGAUGGGUGGAAGUCACAAGGGACCACUCCUGUGAAAAGUGUCAUUUUCAGCUGCUGGACCAAAAUGCUGGACCUAGUGCAACAGGCCCUUCAAGCAAACAAGCUUGGCUUUGAACGAGUGGACGGACAGACGAGCCUUGACAACAGAAGCAAAGCCAUCAAUCGGUUCACCAACGAUCCUACAUGUACCGUGAUGCUCGCUAGCAUAAGCGCUGCCGGAGAAGGGAUUGAUCUCAAGGCCGCCAACCAUGUCCAUCUGAUGGAGCCACAGUGGAAUCCAAUGGUCGAGGCCCAGGCUGUGAAUAGGGUGCACCGAAUAGGCCAAGAGCGUGAAGUAUGGAUCACUCGGUACAUAGUAAGCGACUCAAUCUAGACGUACAUCCAAUGGGUGCAAGCAGACAAGUUAAGGCUGAUCGAGAAGUCGCUGAACUCCUUGGACGAAUCUCAAACCGAAACUGACUUUAAGCGAUGGAAGAAAUUACAGACUUUCCUGUCGUCCCGGAAGCUGGGAACAGCAUAAGCCCAAAUUCUGCUUUAUAUUGUACAAUGCGACAGGAGCCUAGCAGAACAUCCGAUACGAUCUAGCGGGGCAAAAUCUUUUCUCAUCCGAUGGAGGAUUUCAGGCCAACAGAUGCGCAUCCGUCAAGCCGUUGAAGGAGGGAGGCUUGCGUUGUUAUACCUCGGGUAGAGCCGACAUGGUCAUCUGUAUAUUUCUA